AUGAGUUCUUUUGUCUCCAAUUUUGGUCCCGAAGUUGAUAAACCGGAGAUCCUCACAAUUUUGGAGAAUCUCUCAAAGAUCCAUGCCAUAUCUGCGGAAGAUCUAUACAUCAAAUGGGAACAAUUCUCUAUAGGGAAGAAUGAAACCCAUACUGAAUAUUCAUUAAGAAAUCUCGAUCAAUUUAAACAAUUUUUACAGCAACAAGUAGAAAAACAUGCUAAAUCAAUCUCAUCUCCAAUUAUUAAGAAUAAAAGUAACAAUCCAUCAUCAUCACUCAAGAAGCCUAGAUCUCUCAGACCUUUGAAUGCUAGUCCAAUGUUUGGUAUUCCACUAAAUUCCAGCCCAAGGACUCCGCUUUUAAAGAAACGUAAAUUAGCUAGUGCUAAUCAAACUAAUUUGAAUGGGAAUACUCCUAAUGGUGCCAAGCUGGAAUUCAAUAACGGUAAUGAUAGUAAUUCAGAUAUUAAAAUGGAGCAGGAACAAGGAUCAGAACGUCCACCGGCAUCUGAUAUAAUUGAUAAUGAAACAUCUACGGUAUCUGUGAAAUCUGAAAUAACAUUUGACUCGGCUAAUACAAGUGCUAUUAAUAAUAUGUCAAAUGUAAAAAUCGAACCUGGAGAGGAUACUUUUGGGAAAAUACUAGAUUCAUUAAAUCCGGAGAAUAUGGAUGUAUCAACAGGGUUAAAUUUAAAUAUUUUAAAAGGAUUAGAAAGUAAUAGUGACAAGAACAGGGAAAAUAAAGUCAAAAUUGCACCAUUUUAUGAUCCGCAAAAGUAUAAAUUUAGAACAAUGAGGCAGAAUUUAAUAGAUGCAUCCGAUGUGUUAGAUGAACAAAUUGAAAUUUUCACAAAAAUCAUUCAAGAACACUAUAACUUAUCACCAAAUCAAUUCAGCGAUCCAACGAUUCAAUCACAAUCUGAAAUUUAUACUGUCGGUAGAAUUGUUCCUGAUUCUCCAACAUUUGAAGGUAGAUUAAAUACUGAAUCUAUCGCGUUAGAAACAUCGAGAAUCUUGGGGAUAGGUAGAAGAGUUAGGUUGGAUUUAUCAAACAUCAAAGAACUAUCAUUAUUCUGCGGCCAAAUAGUAGGACUGAGGGGGAAAAAUGCCAAUAAUGAAAAUUUCUUAGUAGAUGAAAUCUUAUCAUUACCAUACCCAGAUGCUCCUGUAUCCACUGAAGAAGAAAUCAAAGGAUUUCAAGAAAAUUUUAAUAAUGAAACUAUGAAAGUUAUUGUAACGAGCGGACCAUAUUUUUCUGAGACUAAUAUCGAUAUGACUCCACUAAUUGACUUCGUUGAUAAAAUAAAUAAUCAAGUGAAACCUCAUGUGGUAAUAAUGUUUGGACCAUUUAUUGAUUUAACCAAUCCCCUUAUUUCCAGUGGUAGCAUACCAACUUUCCCCAACUUGAAAAUUCAACCAAAGACUUUAGAUGAGUUAUUCACCAAAGUGAUGACCCCCAUUUUGAAAACAAUCAAUUCACAAAUUCAAGUGAUACUAAUACCAUGUACAAGAGAUGCAUUAAGUCAACAUGCAUCAUAUCCGCAGGAUUCAUUCGAUAGGAAACAAUUACAGUUACCGAAGAAUUUCAAAUGUUUCACCAACCCAUCCACAUUCCAAUUAAACGAAACUUUCUUCGGUUGUUCUAAUGUUGAUAUUUUCAAAGAUUUAAAAGAAGUAACUAAAGGUGGUGAGACAUCAUCAAGGAAUAGAUUUGAUAGGAUAUCAGAACAUAUCUUACAACAACGUCGAUAUUAUCCAAUUUUCCCAGGUGGCACGAGGAAUGUUAAAAUUGAUAAAGAGAAGAAAAUAUUCAAACAUAUAGCUGGUGCAGACUUAGAAGUACCAUACCUUGGAUUGACUGAAUUUGUUGGGAAUGUUACUCCUGAUGUGAUGAUUUUUCCAAGUGAAAUGCCAAGAUUUGCCAGAGUUAUUCAAAAUGUCAUAAUGAUUAAUCCAGGUAGGUUUAUAAAGCAGAAGGGUGGGAAAGGUACCUUUGCACAAAUUACGAUAACGAAACCAAGCUUAGAAGAUGAUAAAUUGACUAAAAUGGAGAAUGAUGAUGAGUCUGUGUAUCUUCAUAAUGUGUGGAAACGUGCAAGAGUAGACUUAGUAAGUACAUGA